AUGGCGGAGUCAGAAAAGAAACAGCUCGAGGCCCUGGAAGUCGUGCGCGAUCGCGCCCCAGAAGCCGAUGCCUUUAUCCAAGAAAUGGAGAGCAAGCUGGAGGCCGCAGGAGGGCUGGAUACCGGCUUCUUCCAGAUUCAGUUCAGCAAUCCGCAGCAUUUCACCUGGCUGCUUGUCGCAUUCGCCAGUAUGGGUGGGCUACUCUCCGGCCUUGAUCAGAGUCUCAUCUCCGGCGCGAACCUGUAUCUUCCCAAGGAUCUGGGCCUGGAUGACAGGCAGAAUAGCUUGGUGAAUGCGGGGAUGCCGUUGGGUGCUGUUGGUGGUGCGCUGCUUCUGUCGCCCUGCAAUGAGUAUUUCGGGCGGAAGUGGGCGAUUAUCAUAUCGCUGGUUUUGUAUACGAUUGGUGCUGCGCUGGAGGCUGGUUCGAUUAAUUAUGGCAUGAUAAUUGCAUCGCGUGUCAUCCUUGGUCUCGGUGUCGGUCUCGAGGGUGGUACAGUCCCCGUCUACGUCGCAGAGACAGUCGAGCGUCGCAUCCGCGGUAACCUGGUCUCGCUGUACCAGUUCAAUAUUGCGCUGGGCGAGGUCCUUGGAUAUGUCGUCGCUGCCAUCUUCCUGCAUGUUCCGGGCAACUGGCGGUAUAUCCUGGGGUCGUCCCUCCUCUUUUCCACCAUCAUGUUCGCGGGCAUGCUGUUCCUCCCCGAAAGUCCUCGAUGGCUCGUGCAUAAAGGCCGAACCCUCGAUGCGUACAAGGUCUGGAAGCGCAUCCGGGGCAUCGACACCCCCGACGCAAGAGACGAGUUCUUCGUCCUGACUGGCUCUGUCCGACAAGAAGAGAAUGAGGUUAAUGAAGGCGCCCAGAACAAGCGCUUCCCGUGGAUGGACUUUUUGACCGUCCCCCGCGCUCGUCGCUCGCUCAUUUACGCAAAUAUUAUGAUCAUGCUGGGUCAACUCACUGGCAUCAACGCGAUUAUGUAUUUCAUGAGUGUGCUCAUGUCUCAAAUCGGGUUUAACGAUGAGAACGCGAACUAUAUGUCGCUUGUUGGUGGUGGAUCUCUCCUCCUAGGAACGAUUCCGGCCAUUUUCCUUAUGGAAUCGUUCGGCAGACGGUUCUGGGCUAUUAUAACGCUUCCAGGCUUCUUCAUCGGCUUGGUCUUGAUUGGCAUCAGCUACCGGUUUGAUGUCGAGACUGACCUUAUGACUGUUGAGGGUUUAUACCUCACCGGGCUCAUCUUGUACCAGGGUUUCUUUGGUUCUUAUGCUUGUUUAACAUGGGUGGUCCCCUCAGAGGUCUACCCAACGUACCUCCGCAGCUACGGGAUGACAACAUCCGACGCCCUGCUCUUCCUCAUGUCCUUCAUCGUAACAUACAACUUCACAGCAAUGCAGCAAGCCAUGGGCAAGACCGGCCUUGCAUUGGGAUUUUAUGGCGGCAUCGCAGUCGUCGGCGAAAUCUACCAGAUCUUCUUCAUGCCCGAGACGAAGGACAAGACGCUGGAAGAGAUCGAGGAAGUGUUUUCCCGGCCGACGCGGGAAAUUGUGAGCGAGAACUGGGCGGGCGUUAAACAGAAUUGUAGGGAUUUGGCUUCUGGCAGGUGGAAGAAGGUGUUUGUUGAGCAGAGGAGGAUGAGGCCUACUGUGCAGGAGGCCGAGUUGAAGAUUAUGUCUUAG